AUGAGGGAAAUCGAUAAUCGAAUUGAUCAACCACCCCGAGUUCAGGCGGGACGCGACCGAAGAUAUAUGAACGACGGCGUGAGAAUUGUCGGCCUUUGCAGUGGGUUAAGCGUCUUUAGUAGGCGAGCCCAGAAAGACCUUGGGGCUGUGUCAGGGGACGAAGUUGCUGGUGGGACCUUCACGAUGACCUACAAGCCAAGACCUUCCCUGCUUGGUAAACUCGGCAGCUUCACCAUUACGCAGCUUGCCAUAACUGCAAUCGAGAGUUUCAAGAUCUUCUCCACUUGCUCGGGUUGGUGGAAGCAUGAAUUCAUGCAUCCAAUCGACUUGACUACCGAGAACGCAGAUGCGACAAAGCAAAAGCAACCAGGUCAAACACUGUACAGUAGACAAGGGUCCUGCCGAUGCAUCCAUCCGUCAUCCAAAAAAAUCCAAUACAGAAAUCCAAUGCAGAAAAUCUAA